GGGGCCCAGAUCAGAUUCUGUUUCAGGCCCGUAGGACCUGGUGCCGGCCCUGUUGUUUAAUGCUCUUACGGCCUUCCAUACAGCAGAUACUGGUUUCUACAUGGAGACCAUCUUCUCUUUCGGAUGUUUUCUCAAUCAGAUCUUUAAUUAUUGAUCAGCUCGUCUGAUUAAUAAACUGGUUUAAUGUUCCGUCCUCUGCAACCGAGGACCAUAAAUCGUCUUUAUAGUAAUAAUUAAUAUGAGGGUUUGUUAUUUUCGGGCUGCUUUCGGGGCUUGUUUUGCUCAGACUAGGGGUGCAGGCUUUUCCCUCCCCCUUCCAGAGGACAAAGACUAAAAUGGGUCAGAGUGAGGAGAGCAGCAGUGGAUCCUGCGCACCAGCAUCCGGAGGCAGAGAGCAGCUGUUGGCCGCCUUCCAGGCUCUCUGAGCGGGGACCUGCUGCUGCUUUCCUCCGCUGGUUCCUCCUGCUGAGCCCUUUAUCCCCGCUCUGCUCACCGGCGUUUCCCUCAUUCCUGCUUCGCUUUUCUUCGGAUCCCAACAUGUCGUCCUGGGAUGGCUGACGCUGCUAACUGGGACUGAACUGGUUCUGGUGAACUGGACCCGCUGAAUUCCUCCAGCCUGCAGUGAAAAACCGACUCAUCCGCCCCCACACUGACCGCCGGAGGACGAUGGAGGCCGGACUGAGCUGAACGGAGUCCCCGCUGACCGCUCAGAACCUCCACUGGAUCCGUUUUGAGGCCUUUGUGAUCCCAGCAGACACUCCACAGUCAUGACUCCCCAGGCCGACCUCCGACCUUUGCCCGGGCUGCUCCUCGUGAUGGUGCUGAUGUCACUUCCUGCUACAGCUCUGGAACCAGAGACGUGUUUCUCCCGGCAGCAUCAGGGCGCCGCCAUCAAUGUCAGGGCGGCGCUGAGCCGGGACGCGGUGGCCAUGAUGGCCCGGACGGUCCGGUCGGAGCGGGACUGCGUCCUGGCCUGCUGCUCCGAAGAGGUCCGAACAGGCGCUCGGUGCAACAUGGCCGUGUUCAAAGCCAACAAACACGCUGGCGAAGAGAACUGCCUGCUGUUCCACUGCCCCACCGAGUCGGACUGUCCUCUGAUGAAAGCCGCCGAGGGCAGCAACACCUACGACAUCUACAAAGGUUUAAGUCAUCCACCCACACUGAGACCUGUUCCCAUGACAACCGCACUCCAUACUACCAGCACCUCCACCUCUACCACAUCAACACCAACUACACCAACCACCGCCCAGCCACUGCACUCCACCCCAGAACCUUCCCCGCCCAUCAUCAUCAUUGCCACAGAGGCUGCAGGUACUCCACCCACCAACACCACUACGACCACCACCACCACCAUGGGAUCCUCUCCCACCUUCACCACCAGAAAACCCAACAAAACCAGCAAGAAGCAAAACAAAACCACUAAGAAAGGAAAAUCUCAUCCAGCCCUCAUCACCACUACCACCACUACCCAAACAGCUCCCAGCUCCAUGACAUCACUUCCUGCUGAAACAGGAAGGAAAGAGGUGGAAGAUAAACAUACUAGUGUUCUAGAAACUACAACUUCACCUACAACCACCACCGUGGCUCCAACCAUCCGUACAACCAGUACAACCAGUACAACCAGUACAACCAGUACAACCCCAACGACUACAGCCGCCUUCCCCACCACCACAACCACCACCACAACCACCAACCUUCCUCCAACUACCACCACCACCCAGCGUACCUCCACCACUGAGCCAACCACCACAGUGACAGCUCAACCACCAAGUCUGAUCUUCAUUCCCAAAGAGCCGGUCCAGUCAGAGCCCGACCUCCAACCGGGCCACCCCACCCUGCACUCCAGCUCCAGCCGGGGGAAAGCAGCGGCGGCCCAGGGGGCGCUGAAGGGCGGCGUGGUGGCCUUCAUGGUGCUGGCGCUGGCUGCGCUGACGCUGGCGCUGGCGGUGGGCGGCCGGAAGGCCAUGGAGUCCUUCGACCGGCGCCAUUACACCAGACUGGAGCUCAACGACCUGCACUAUGAGAUUUAACGGGAGAAUCCAACAUUUCUGCUUUAUUUAAGGUUGUUUAAGUAUUAGCUACACUACUCUGAACGUCUGCUCACGCUUUGUUUACAAAAUCAGAGAAUCCUGCUCUCUGAUUGGUCAGACUCGACUGUUGAAGCUCCUGACUCUCCAUUGGCCACAGAGAUAGUCCCCGCCCCUUGGCAAGGAUGGAGAAACUGUCUUCAGUCAUUUUUAAGGAUUACACAGAUGAAAUUUACAGACGAGUUAAAUUAGAUCUGGUUUUAAUUAGGUUUUUAAACUGGAGCAAUGAUCUGAUCUCAGAUCAGUUCAUUGCUCAUGUGCAGUUCUAAUAACCACCACUAGAUGUCAUCCUUUUUUCUGUUAAUUCAGUUUCUGUCACUUAGGCAGUGACGUGCGGUGAGGUUCAUAGCUGGUGAGGCUCUGACUUAAUCAUAAUCAGAUUUACAAAUAUAGACCCCCUGCAUGUUAUUGUUUACACAAGGAAGUUUUGCGCAUGCGGACAACAUGGAGGAAAAAACACUAUUCUUUAGCGUGUCAUCCUUAGCCGCGCUGCCACCAUAGAAUAACUCUGUUAACUCAAUCAAACUUGGACAUGUAGAUAUUAUUAAUUUAAUUAUCAGUGCAGCUACGCAGACUUGUUGCCAUAGCAACUGACAACACCACAAAAAAACACUAAAAUAUUUUCCCACACAAAGAGCAGAACAUUCAGUCUGUUGCAGUAGUUUGGUUUUAGGCUUGAUGUUUAUUUUGUGAUUAUUAAUAAGUGAUUGAUGUGGCAAGAGGAGAAAACUAUCGAUAUAUCGCUGCACUUGACCCCACGGCUAGCUCCACCCACGGCUGGCUCCCUCCACGGUUAGCUCCACCCACUGUUAGCUCCACCCACUGUUAGCUCCACCUACGGCUAGCUCCACCCACGGCUUGCUCGCUGUUACUGUCUCUUACUCUGUAGUUGUUCAGUCACAAUGUCUGGGAUCAUGAGCGCCCCCUGCCAUGAGGCCAGAGAACUGCCUGCCUCACCUCCAAUCUGUUCUCUGGUUUCUGAUCGCUGCUCAGCACAGGAAACACGUCACACACACAGCUGGUGACAAAAACAUUAUAUUAUAUAAGAUAAAUUUAGGAAGAUCAGUUAAUAUAUUCAAAGUUUGUUAACCAUUUUAUUGGCGGCGUACAGACAGGAGGAACAUCAAAUGGCUGUCAGUGCAGUUAGCCAGAGGUUGAUCAGUCCCAGGUGAGGCUCGGCUCGCUGCAGCCUCACCUGCUGCGGCCUCACCUGCUGCGGCCUCACCUGCUGCGGCCUCACCUGCUGCGGCCUCACCUGCUGCGCUUCUGAGCAUUUGAAUGGGAAAAUGCAAAAAUUCAGUGAUUUUUGAAGAAAAAAAAAAUCACAAUUGGUUAAGCUAAAUGAAAAAUGAUUACAGUACAAACCACAGGGUGAAAAUAGCAAUAUAAAUUAUUUUAUCAUUAUAUAUUAUUUUUCCAUGAUGACAGGUGAGGCUCUGCCUCACUUGCCUUCCUGACCGCACGUCAACUGCACUUAGGAUUAUUAGUGUUAAGGUGGAAAUAUUUAAAUAUCUGAAUAAUGUACGUUAAAUUAUUAAUACAUUUAAAAUUUAUAUAAAAAUAUUUGUUCAUUUCUGAUAAGGAACCAAACCUGUGAAAAGUUUUCCAAACAUCAGAGUGGAGAAGAUCUCUUUAUGUUCAUUUCAGUGAUUUAAGGAAAGCCUAAGCUAACCAAGAUUAAUUAAUUUAUUGCUGAUGAAUAUACUGCUAAAACCAGUUUGGCCUCCAGAGGGAAUGCUCUGAUGUGAACACAGAAAUGGUCUGGUUUAUGAAGCUGCCACAUCUACAGCGGCCACCAGAGGGCAUCAUCAUGACGAGACUUUAAAAGGCCUGUCAAAAGGGACUGACGUCACAAAUCUCUGCUAUUUAAUAUUGAUCAACCCCAGAUAUGAACCUUGACUUCCUUUAUGUAUGUUUGAGACUCUUAUUUUGAAACAAGAAGGGAAAUAGUUCCUUAGUUGGCCUGUUGAGUUGACAGACACGACCCAGUGACGAAACCUCCAACACUAAACCCCCUGGAGGAUUAGCAGCCAUUUUUAAUCACUGUGAGAAUACUGGCUAACAAGUUAGCUGCUAACAGAUUUAAAUUAACUGCCACCAAAGUUACAGUUGGCUGCUAACAGCGUUGCAAUUAGUUUCCAAUAAUGGUAAUGUUAGCUGCUAACACCUCAACGAAGACCCGAAACUGUAACUAGAAUCUCGAGUUGACCAGUUAAUUUGUUUGUUUUUUUUUUUUAAUUCUGACUUUUAAAAAAAACCUGUUGUGAGUUUGAUGACUGUAAUGCAGCUAGUUGGGAAUCUGGGAUCACUAGUUAUGGACUUGGCCAACUAGACUAGUCACAAAACAAACGAGGUGCUCAGUGAUGCUCGGUCUCUUUUAAAAGACCAUACACCUGGUCAGGGAGGUUUCCUCUGGAUCUGCUGACCUUCCCUCUCUGUCCUGACUGUCGACGCUCCAGCGCGCUGCAUGCUUAUGCCCUCUGGUGGCCAUUCUAGACAUAGCAUGGAGGAACAUGAUGAGACUGGAGGAGAUGAUUUACUGCCUCAGGCGUGUUGGAGCUGGAAAUCAUCUAAAACUGGCAGGAGAUCAGUGAACCCAGCUGGGAGUUGAACCCACAACCGAGAUGUUGCUGUGAGGCAGCGGAGCAGCUGGAAGCUCCAGGUUCUUCCAAACCCGAUCCGGUCCAACCAUCUGGACUGAGCGAGAGGAACCGGCCCGCUUUGGAGGACUCAUACCAGAUGUGAACAUGAUGGUCAGUGAGGUUGGUUCAACCUGAAGUUGCGUUGCUUUCUCCAGCAUGAUGAGCUUCUUACCUGCCAGGUGAUCCAACAGCAGCAGCUCACCGCCAUGACGGAUCCUGGUUCUGAUUCCACUCUUCCUGCUCCAUUGGGUCACGGCACAACCUUUAGUCGUGAACCUGCAAUGACCUCCAGGUUCCUCUGGGUUCCUCCUUGUUCCUUCUGGCUCCUCUGGGUUCCUUCUGGUUCCUCCAGGUUCCCUAAACAUCCGACAGCAAUACCGCCCUCCCCCCAGCGCCUCUCAGGAAGCCUCUGAAGUGGAGACUCCAGAUGCAGAUUAGAACUUGCUGUGCACGCUCCUGCAUGUCCUCUAGGCCUGUGGUGACCUUUGAACCCGCAGGUUCACUGUAGAUGUCAUAUUCACUGUGUGUUUUUGUAUUUCCACCAGGAUUCCCGCCGUGGAUCCAAUCCUUUAUAAACUGAUGCACUACUGUGUUGUGUGUUUUUGAUAAUCAGCUGCUGUACAUAUUCCUGGUUGGUUUUCAUAACUCAGAGGAAAAUGGCCGCCACUAUUUUCUUAUAAUAAACACAUUUUACUGGGUGUGUCUUAGACAGGCUGCUGCUGCGGCACCUCUCCAGCAGGGGGCAGCAGCGGGCCGGUCACGUUUCAGUUUUACUCUAAUUAUCGACAUGGAUGGUGACGUUUGGUGCCGUUUUGUCAAGUGAUGCUUUCACAUAACUUUGAAUUUAAUGUUUUGUCGUAAAGAUUAAAAAGAUGUGAUUUUUGAA